AUGGUCCCUGCUACCGAGCUCACGCCCGAACAAAUUCUCGCGAAACCGCCGGUCGACGAGUCUGCGCACGUCCUGGCCAAGAACCUGCCCUUGAUAUGCAGUGGGUGCGGGGCACUGAGCCAAACGGCUGAGCCUGGACAGGCUGGUUACUACGAUCUGAAAAGGAGGGCGGUACGAGAAUAUGUCACCAUGGAGGAAGAGAAGGCUGGGAGGGAAGCGCAAGAGGAGGACGCGGUUGUUGAAGCGGCACUGCAGAAUCUGGGCGAGGAGAAGCUUAAGGAGCUGGGACUUGAUCCUCGCUCUUUGCGCUAUGGGGAGGAAUUGGAGUCGAACAGGCCCGACUCCCUACGCGAGACGAUCGAAGAGUCGCCGUUCAAGAAGAACUACAUCUACCACAUUAUCGAUGCCGCCGACUUUCCCAUGUCGUUCAUCCCGAAGUUGCACAUGCUCCUCGACGCCAACCUCAAGCAUCGCAACCGUAGGAACAAGGCGGGCCGGUACUACAGGGAUCGCAUGUUCAACAUAGACUUCGUCAUUACCCGUUCGGAUCUGCUCGCGCCACAGGCGGAGAUGGUGGAUAGGAUGAUGCCGUACAUGCGCGAGGUGCUGCGCCGCUCCUUGGGCAAGUUCGGAAAGCUCGUCACGCUCGGUAACGUGAGCUGUGUCAGCGCGAAGAGGGGAUGGUGGACCAAGCCGCUGAAGGACAAGAUUUAUAAACGUGGAGGGGCUGGGUGGAUGGUUGGUAAGGUCAAUGUCGGGAAGAGCCAGCUGUUUGAUGCUGUGUUUCCCAAGGGUACCACCGCCGGCAUCUCCCUGAAAACCCCGAUCAACAUUUCCCUUUUCGCGAAAGAGGAGGACGGUCUGAAUGAGCGCUACGUGACGGAAGAUGUGGAAGACGACAUGCGCCUGGAUGAGACGUCUAUGUUGCCGCCCGUUCGACCAGAGACCAACUACCCCGAGAUGCCUACGGUUUCAACUCUCCCUGGUACUACGGCAUCUCCCAUCCGUAUACCCUUCGGCAACGGAAAGGGCGAGCUGAUUGAUCUUCCUGGUGUUGCUCGUUCGAACUUGGAGAACUACGUGAAGCCUGAACACAGGUCGUCCCUGGUCAUGGAGUCAAGAAUCAAGCCGCAGCAGCAUAGCCUGAACAGUAAACAGUCUCUCAUCCUCGGCGGCGGUCUGAUUCGCAUCACCCCGCAGACCCCCGGUCUGGUCUUCCUUGCAUACAACUUCACACCUCUCCCCGAACACAAGACCUCCACCGAAAAGGCCAUCGAGUUCCAAGCAGAGACGCGAGAGGCGCCCCUCAAGGUGGAAAAGCUCACAAUCCAAGGAAUCGGCGAGACAAUCAAGCUUGCCGGAACCUUCAAGCUCAAUCAUGAUGUGACCAAGGAGCGCUCUGGUCCUCUGACUCGCAAGGACGUUGGCAACAUGAAGGUCGAGGAUCUCCCGUGGCGUGUCCUGGCCACCGACAUCCUCAUCGAAGGCUGCGGCUGGAUCGAGAUCGUGGCACAGGUGCGGACGAGGCACAUGUUCGACGGGAUGUCUUCGUUCCUCGAGCAAUCAGAGCCGGAGUCUCUGGAGGAGCCUGAACCCGAACCUGAAUCUGAGGCCGUUGAUCCGUUUCUCAAGAUGGAGCAGGCGGCAGAGCAGCAUGCUGUGUCAAAGGAGAAGCCCAAGCCCGCCGCCGAACCCGAGAACCCGGAGCCGAAUUGGCCCGUCGUCGAGGUCUACUCCCCCGAGGGCAAGUUCAUUGGCGAGCGUCUUCCCAUGAACGCGUGGUUGAUCAACAAGCCGCCCAAGAAGGACAUCAAGGCUCGUCCUCGUAAGAGUAUGAAGGGUGCGAAGAAGGCGGCGAAGCAGGCCAAGAGGGCUGCUGCUGCGUCGUAG